AUGACAUCGCCCACGCUCCCCAGUACCGCUCGCGGGCUCUACACCCCCCUGUACGAGCUCAGCAGCGGCUACCGCGGCACAGUCUUCAUCUGCCGCCCCUCAACCCCCGAACACUCACCCCAGCAGCACCCCCUCGUCGCCCUCAAAGUCCUCAAACCCACACCUCUCAAACCCACCGCCGCCCAGUCCCGCACCGCGACCUUAACCGCCCUCAAAGCCGCCCAGCAGCAGCAGCGCAGCAACAUCCCACAGCUCCUCGACCUCUCCCACGCCAGCGCCGCCCGCUCCGCCUGGUACACCAUGUCCCUCAUCCAGGGCUGCACGCUCGCGCAGUUCGCCGCCGCGUACGCUCAGCCGCUGCCGUUCCCGCUCGUCUUCCACGUCUUCGCGGAGCUCCUCGCCGCGGUGCGGUUCCUGCACGCCGCGGGCCGCGUGCACGACGACCUGGGCGCGGGGAACGUGAUGCUCGAGUGGCCCGGCGGCGGCGGCGAGUGGCCCGGCGUGGUGCUGGUUGAUGUGGAUGACCUGAGGGAGACGAGUGCUAGACGGCCGAAUGG